GCGUGGCUCCGUGGCUCCGUGGCAUUCUCAGGUAGCAUGGCUGCUUUCCUUCACCCAACUCCCCUUCUGCAAACUAUGGAUGGUAGUUUAAAUUGAAGCUGCUCAGCUUUGCUCAGACCUGUACCUCGAAAGUAGAAAGUAUGCAAGUCCCAACUUCUGAAGGGGCCAUAAUUCAUACCUGUGUAUUUAAAUAUGUCUAUACAGGUACUGUAAGAGUACCUGUAAAAUAAGAAUUACAUGGUGAAAAAUAUCUGGCUCCAUAUUCUGGCCCUGUCAUUUGUGGUCCAUGGCUCUUGUGACAUGCCGAAGAUUUCCAGGUAGAUUCUUUGGAACCUCUUCCUGUCCAGCUCUAAUCCAGCACCAUAUAGACAAGAAAUUGCGUGGUCAGAUCAAUGAGGGCUGUCUUCUGGCAGCCAAAAAAAUCAGUACUGAAUUCAGGAUGGCGGCCCAUCUCCAGUUGUUAAAACUUAGAGGAUGUCGGGCAUUUUGCACUAUUUCUGCUCACAGUGCAACCCAAAGUGUGACCUAUUGGAAUAUGGGCAGCUACCCACAGCACAGAAGAUACCACCCUUCAGAAGACAGUAUCCACUUCCGUCCUUCCAAAAACUUUAAGAGCAUUUGCCACACUGCUUCAUCUCAGGGUCUUCUGAAAACCAGCAAUACCCUCCUGCAUUUGGAACUCAGCAGGGCAGCUGCGUCUAAGGCCGGCACACUGCUUCCUGGCUCACCCCAGGGCAUGAAAGUGAAUGACGAAGAUAUAGAAGUUUUUGAUUCCUUUGAAGAUCCCCGAGUUUUCCUGCAGCUAAGACCAGAGUAUCAGUGUCACAGCUACACCAGAUUGGAGAGUUGUCGGCCCCUACCUGUUUCGGAAGGUGAACUCAUUUUGCACAAAGUCACAGUUUACCAAGAUAAUCUCCAGCCCCCGCUCAUUGCUGAUUAUUUCUGUAAGCUGAGCUCUUUGCCUGCCGAGCAGCGUCCUAUUUUGCUGUCCAAUACCAGCUUUGCUUUGCUCUGCCAACAGAGUGUGAAAAAAAUCGAACUCUUUGAUGUCCCAGAUCUGAUCAGUAUUUUGAAAGCUUUUGCCAUUUUAAGAAUUCCGUCCUCACAUUUAAUGCUGGAUGUAUACGAAACCAGAUUUUGCCAUAAGGUGUGGGAGAUGAGCCUGGAUCAGCUGCUCUUGGUAGCUGACCUCUGGCGGUACUUGGGUCGCAAAGUACCUCGGUUUUUAGAAAUAUUUUUUAGUUACCUUAGUUUGCACUGGAAGAAUUUAACCUUGUCUCAGCUGAUUCAUUUAAUUUAUAUUAUUGGUGAAAAUCGUCAAGCACCUCAGGACCUAAUGCAGAAACUCGAAUCAUUAAUCCUCAGGUACAUCGACUUACUUAAGUUAGAGGAGGUGGGCACGAUCUGCUUGGGCUUCUUUAAAUCAAGUAGUAGUCUAUCUGAGUUCCUCAUGCGGAGAAUUGGAGAUGUGGUGUGCGCUGACAUGCAGCAUCUGAGUAGUUACGCCCUUGUGAAUAUCCUUAAGAUGUUCCGUUUCACUCAUGUAGAUCACAUACAGUUUAUGAAGCAGUUUGGACAGAUUGCUCCUGAACGCAUUCCUACCCUGGGGGUUCAAGGCGUCAUGCACCUGACGCUCACCUGCUCAGCCCUACGUUUCCUGGACGAAGGGAUCAUGAAUGCAGUGGCCGUUUCUUUGCCACCUCGAGUAGCAUACUGCCGAAGCAAAGAUGUCGCCAAGAUUCUGUGGUCUUUUGGGACACUGAAUUAUAAGCCCCCCAAUGCGGAAGAGUUUUAUUCCAGUUUGCUCAGCGAGAUCCACAGAAAAUUGCCUGAGUUCAACCGAUACCCAGAACACCUGUUCACCUGCCUUCUGGGGCUGGCAUUUUCUGGGUACUUUCCGAAAGAGCUCAUUGAUUUUGCCUUGAGUCCCAAGUUCAUCAGGGUAGCUCAGGAGAGAAGUAAAUUCGAACUCAUCAAAGAACUGUGCACCCUGGAUGGCACGGUUGGCAUUGAGUGUCCAGAUUACCAAGGCAGUCGCCUCAGUUCUCACCUUCAGCAAGAGGGGUCAGAAAUACUGUGGAAUUUAGCAAGGAAGGAUAUGACGUCCAAGCCUGAAUUUGUCGAAGCGCAGCUUUUACUGGAGACCAUGCUGGGGGGGCCCCAGUAUGUCAGGCACCAUAUGGUUCUGCCUCACACGCGCUCUUCUGACUUAGAGGUCCGGCUUGAUGCUAACAUGAAGCCUGUGCCCUUUAACAGAGAAGCCGUGCCGGCUGAAGAUGGAACUCAGUGGAAGCUCAAGUAUGUGGGCAUCAGCCUGACAGAUGACUUGAUGAAUAAAUUACUGAAAGGGAAGUUGGGAGGGUCUGUUCAUGGAGGAACUGGGCAGAAGGCAGCUGCACCCAUUGGGGGAACCAAUUGCAAUGUGCCAGAGAAGUUGGGGGCCGAGGAGGUCGCUAGCCUUUGUCCCCCAGACUGUAUGCAGAGCCCACAGAUGAAGCUGGCUAUUCAGCUGACGAACAAGAACCAGUAUUGCUAUGGUUCCCGGCAUCUCCUGGGACUGCACAGUAUGAAGAGGCGGCAGUUGAACCGCCUUGGAUACCGUGUGGUUGAGUUGACUCCCUGGGAAUGGCUCCCACUACUGAAACGAACUCGCCUCGAAAAGCUGGCUUUUCUCCAUGAGAAAGUGUUCACCUCUGCUCUCUGAAGCCCUGUCGGGGACUCUAGUUAGGCACUGAAUCAGGCGCUGGAAAAGUUUGAAAGAACUACAUAGAGGUUUGGUAAUAACAUCUGUUCAUCUUGAGCAGAUUGAAGCUGCUAUAUGUUACUGUACAAGUUGCUGCUUCUUUUUGCAGAUAAAUAAUAAACCUCAAAAU